CCCCAUCGCACCCGCCCUCCGGUCGUCAUGGCCGCGGCGACGGCCGGCCCCGCCCAGGUGGCCGGCCCCCCGCCCGACGCGGCGACGGCCGACGGCGGCAGCGCCCGGGACCACCUGCUGGCGGUGCGCCGGCGCAACCCCCACGGCCGCCCCUUCACGCUGGGGCCCGAGAACCUGCGGAGCCUCUCGGUGCAGGGCUCCUCCUCCUCUUCCUCCGCCUCCUCCCUCCCCUCCUCCUCGUGUUCGUCGUCGUCGUCCAAUCGGGAGGAGGGGGCGGCGGGGCUCCAGCGGGCCAACAGCGACACGGACCUGGUGACGUCGGAGAGCCGCUCGUCGCUCACGGCGUCCACGUACCAGCUGACCCUGGGCCACGCCCACCUGGUCAUCUCCUGGGACAUCAAGGAGGAGGUGGACGCCACCGACUGGAUCGGCCUCUACCACAUCGAUGAGACGUGCGUGGCCAACGUGUGGGAGUCCAAGAACCGCGGCGUGAAUGGCACCCAGCGAGGGCAGAUCGUCUGGAGGCUGGAGUGUGCACCCUACUUCAUGGAAGCGGAGACCAAGGUGUGCUUCAGGUACUACCACGGGGUGAGCGGGGCCCUGAGGGCCUCCACACCCUGCAUCACCAUCAAGAACCCUGGUGUCCUGGCGGGCGCCGAGGGCCAAUCAGAAGCCCAAUCAGGGGCCGAGCAGUCCCGCAAGUUGGUCAGCUUCACCCUUUCAGACAUGCGUGCCACGGGCCUGAAGAAGGGCAUGUUCUUCAACCCGGACCCCUACCUGAAGAUGUGCAUCCAGCCGGGCAAGAGGAGCGGCCUGCCCCGGUUCAGCCACCACGGCCAGGAGAGGCGCUCCUCCAUCGCCUCCAACACCACCAACCCCCUGUGGAGGGCGGAGAAGUACACCUUCGUGGCCCUGAUGAGCGACAUGCUGGAGAUCGAGGUGAAGGACAAGUUCUCCAAGAGCCGACCAAUCAUCAAGCGUUUCCUGGGUCAGCUGACCAUCCCGGUGCAGCGAAUGCUGGAAGGGCCCGCAGCGGAGGAGCAGCCUGCCAGCUACAGCUUGUGUCGCCGUCUCCCUACGGACCACGUCAGCGGCCAGCUGGUGUUCCGGGUGGUCCUCACCACCACCGGGAACGAAGAAUCCUCCCCGCGCGCAAUUUCCGCCAUCUUGGGGGCGUCGCCCAACGGCGAGCCGGGCAGCCCCUCGGACGACGAAGACCUCCCGCAGGCCUCGGCCUCCUCCUCCGUCUCCUCCUCCUCCCGGGGCCCGGCGCGGGGGCCCUCGCCGACGGGCUCCGAGGACGACGAGGUGCUGGUCAACGGCGCCCGUUGCUACGGCGACGACAGCGUGUGGCUCGUGGACGCCUGCGGUUUGCCGGCGGGCGGCGAGGAGCCCGGGAUCCUGACCCUGGGCGGCCACACCCACCGGCAGGUGUCGCUCAACGACUACCUGGACGCCAUCGAGGCCCCCGGGGGCCCCUCGGAGCGGCCCGUGGCGGCGGCGGCGGCGGCGGCGGUGCCCAAGCUGCGCUCCAGCUUCCCCACGGACACGCGGCUCAAUGCCAUGCUGCACAUCGACUCGGACGAAGAUGACGACCCCUCGCCGCCCGACGGCAAACCGCAGCAAACGCCGACCCCCAGAGCGGCCCCGGCCGGCCUGGAACGAGAGGCGCAGGCGGGGAGCGAGAGGGCCCCAGAGGGCCCGGGUCAGGGGUCCACGCAGGCCGCCGCCCCCUCGAGCGGCACUGCAGACCGGAGCGUGGCGGUGUCAGCGAGGGGUGGCGAAACCUCCGGUGCUAGAGCCAAAUCGGGCCCCCCGGCCCGGGCCGGGGUCGCCGCGGGGGGAGGGGAACAGGGUAGUGUGGGGGCGGGGCUUAGGACAGCAUCGGACACGAGGGUCGCCGUGCGUAUGGUGACCCCCGCCGAGCCUUCCCCCGCCGAGGCACGCGUCCCCGCCGCCGUUACCGCGGCGACGCCCUUCUCGUCGUCCCGUACGCCGGCAGCGGAGGUGGGGGUGGUUGUUCCUCCUCCUCCUACGGAGGGACAGGGGCCGCCGUCGGAGCCCGGCCCCGGGGAGUGCGAGUGUGAGUGCCAGCACCAGAACAGGAGCGCCGCCAGCCUGGGGAUCCCGGGCCGCUCGGUGCUCACGGGCCUCCAGCUGUCGCCCAUUCAGGAGGUGGACACCAGACAGGAAGUGGCUCCCAAAGCGGAGGAGGAGAGGGUGGAGUCAUCGAGCAGUGAGGGCUUGGCCGCCAUGGCCGCCCCCACCAAUAACGGAUCAGCAGAACAAGGGGGCGGGGCUUGUGGAUCUAACGUAAUUGAAAUGGGAGCCAGAGGCGGACGAGGAGGAGGAGCUGAAGAGAGCAGCGAGCGGAGGCUGGAGGAGGGGGAGGAGAACGGGGAGGUCUGGAGGAGGAGGCUCACCACGGAGGCCUCCGGGGGCGGGGCCCAGAACCAGGAAGUGGGCGGGGCCACGGCGGUGACCCUGCAGGACGGGCCGGGCGAGGAGAGGGAUGCAGGCGCUACAGCUCAGCUCAACGGCCACCUGUCUGUUCCUCGCUCCCUGCCGUCCCUGCGUCACGACAUCAGCCGCUACCAGCGCGUGGACGAGCCCCUCCCACCCAACUGGGAGGCCCGCAUCGACAGCCAUGGCCGGGUGUUCUACGUGGACCACGUGAACCGGACCACCACCUGGCAGCGGCCUACCGCCCCCCCCGCCACACAGACCCUGCAGAGGUCCAACUCCAUCCAGCAGAUGGAGCAACUCAACCGCCGGUAUCAGAGCAUCCGCAGGACGAUAACCAAUGACGGCAGGCCAGACAAUCAGCCGGCCAAUGAGCUUCCAGCCGAUCAGACGGACGCACACCCUCCUAUCCCAGAAGCGCGUCGGGACGCGGCGGUCUCCCAGACCAGUCCCCGGUCUCGCCUCAGCCUGCUGCUCCAGUCUCCCAGCGCCAAGUUCCUCACCAGCCCCGACUUCUUCACCGUGCUGCACGCCAACCCUGGUGCGUACGGCCUGUUCACCUCCAACACGUGUCUGAAGCACAUGGUGAGCAAAGUGCGGCGCGACGCGCACCACUUUGAGCGCUACCAGCACAACCGCGACCUGGUGGCCUUCCUCAACCUGUUCGCCAACAAGACGCUGGAGCUGCCCCGUGGCUGGGAGAUGAAGCAGGACCACACCUCCAAGCCUUUCUUCGUGGACCACAACUGCCGGGCGACCACUUUCAUAGACCCCCGGCUGCCCCUCCAGAGCCCCCGGCCCUCCAGCCUGCUGGCCCACCGCCAGUACCUGACCCGCCAGCGCAGCCACAGCGCUGGGGAGGUCAGCCCCCACCGGCUGGCUUCAGAGGAGCAGCGUCAUGGCGGGGCCCCUCCCGUCCUCCCCCGGCCCUCCAGCACCUUCAGCUCCAACAGCAGGGGCCAGAGCCAGGAGGUGGUACCGGUCGCGUACAACGAGAAGAUCGUGGCGUUCCUACGGCAACCCAACAUCUACGACAUCCUCCAGGAGAGACAGCCGGAGUUUGGCCGCAACCACGCCCUCAGGGAGAAGGUGCAGCUGAUCCGUGCUGAUGGCGCGCCGGGAUUGGCCAGGCUCUCGGGCGAUGCCGACCUCGUCAUCCUGCUGAGUUUGUUUGAAGAGGAAGUGAUGUCGUACAUCCCUCCGCACGCCCUGCUGCACCCCAGCUACUGCCAGUCACCGCGGGGGUCUCCCGUGUCCUCCCCUCAGAACUCCCCCGGAACCCAGAGGGCCAACGCGAGGGCCCCGGCCCCCUACAAGAGAGACUUUGAGGCCAAGCUGAGGAACUUCUUCAGGAAGCUGGAGACCAAGGGCUACGGCCAGGGGCCUGGGAAACUCAAGCUGAUCAUCCGGCGAGACCACCUCCUGGAAGACGCCUUCAACCAGAUCAUGUGUUACUCCCGCAAGGACCUGCAGCGCAGCAAGCUCUACGUCAGCUUCGUUGGAGAGGAGGGGCUUGACUACAGCGGCCCUUCCAGAGAGUUCUUCUUCCUGGUUUCCAGAGAGCUCUUCAACCCUUAUUAUGGGCUGUUUGAGUACUCGGCCAACGACACCUACACCGUGCAGAUCAGCCCAAUGUCGGCCUUCGUGGACAACCACCACGAGUGGUUCCGGUUCAGCGGUCGGAUCCUGGGUCUGGCUCUGAUCCACCAGUACCUGCUGGACGCCUUCUUCACCAGGCCCUUCUACAAAGGACUGCUGCGCAUCCCGUGCGAGCUGAGCGACCUGGAGUUCCUGGACGAGGAGUUCCACCAGUCUCUGCAGUGGAUGAAGGACAACGACAUCGAGGACAUGCUGGACCUCACCUUCACCGUCAACGAGGAGGUCUUCGGGCAGAUCACGGAGCGGGAGCUGAAGGUGGGCGGGGCCAACAUCGCCGUGACGGAGAAGAACAAGAAGGAGUACAUCGAGCGGACGGUGAAGUGGAGGAUCGAGAGGGGCGUGGUCCAGCAGACGGAGAGUCUGGUCCGCGGCUUCUACGAGGUGGUGGAUGCGCGGCUGGUGUCCGUGUUCGAUGCCCGCGAGCUGGAGCUGGUGAUCGCAGGGACGGCGGAGAUCGACCUGUCGGACUGGAGGAACAACACGGAGUACAGAGGAGGUUACCACGACAACCACAUCGUGAUCCGCUGGUUCUGGGCGGCGGUUGAGAGGUUCAACAACGAGCAGCGACUGAGGCUGCUGCAGUUUGUGACGGGUACGUCCAGUAUCCCGUACGAGGGCUUUGCGUCUCUGCGCGGCAGCAACGGACCGCGCAGGUUCUGUGUGGAGAAGUGGGGGAAGGUCACCUCCCUGCCCAGGGCUCAUACUUGCUUCAACAGACUGGACCUGCCUCCAUACCCGUCUUUCUCCAUGUUGUACGAGAAGAUGCUCACAGCUGUGGAGGAGACCAGCACCUUUGGACUCGAGUAGGGCCAGCCGUGCUAUCUCUAACCGCGUUUUCGUGCGGAUCAAAAAAGAGGAGUACCGGUCCCAGCCACCAGAUGGCGCCAGAAUACAGGAGUCGUGGAUGGGUUUGAUAUGAGGGAAAUUCCACAUUCAAAUGGCCCAUUAUUUUUCACGUGACCUUUUGAACCAGGAAGUACAGACGGAAUAAGGAUGUGAGCCUAUCACUGACCUUUAUUUUUAAGGCUUAUUGGUCCGAAGUGACAGACCCUGCCACUUUACCGCAUUGCAGAUGCAUGUGUGCGUGUACGUGAUGAAACCCUCCUUCUCGAUAUUUAUUGCUGAGCGAUGAAGACAUAGAAGCUUUUGGUUUUCAACCAUGGACUCAAUCAUGACAUAGGAUUAGGAGAUACUUUUUACAGUUCCUGCAAUGCUAGGAAGGGAGAGAACACUGCUUUUAAGUCUCCCGAAGGCUAUCAAAGAGAUGAACAGACCUCACCUUCACCUUAAAACACAAUGACAAUGUCCUGUUUUUCUUUUUUCUUUUAUUACUUUAUUUGAGUUUUUUUGUUCAAAAAAAGUUUACCAUAGCGAAAGGAGUAGGUGAAUUCACCGAAGAUCCCACACGAUGAAGCUGCAAUUCACAUUCAGGAACUUUCUCAGGCCUAAUGUUGCUACUUUCGCCUCAAAACAGCCUAUUCGGGGACUAUUUGAAGGUCAGUCGUUUUGGCCCUCCUAUGUGGUCCAGCAGGGUAAAUGUACCCAUAUGGAUCCACAGUAGCACUUCUCAAAAGUCAAUCCUUCAGACCAUCAGAAUGAAGACUGAAAUGGGGGUAUUUGGGGCGUAUAGACAAAAAGCUUUAGUGUUGUAAUAACAGUAUUUUCAGCUUUUUACAAAUAGUGGAUUUUCUAUUAAUCCUGGUGGUGAUAUGUUGUAUAACGAAUGUAACUGACUUUGAUGACGUAAACUAUGAGUGGUGUGCGUUUUCCCUUUUCAUGAUCUGAACCGGACUAAUUGUUAAUUAAAAUCCUCCGUUGCUAGGUUGUUUCCCACUUUUCGUACAAGUCAAUUUUUGUACAAAUCGUACUAAAUAGAGUCUUUAUUAAUUUGACCGCAAAGUAAAGUAGUUAUUUUCUCAGGCUGCACGCAAAAUGCUUAUUCUCAGCCUGGUCUUUUAUAUAUGUUAAAUAUAUAUAUAUAUAUGUUAAAUAU